UAGAAGGUCCCAGAAUGCAAUAGGAGAACUUAACAGGUGUUCUUAUCUUAUCGCCCACGGUACUCAGAGACUCUCCCCUUCGUUCAUUAGCUGCCGUAGGACCGCGGGGAAUAGCACUGGCAGUUUUUUUAGCUCACAUUUAGAACAAAUUAUGCAUUUCUAUGUUAUAUUAACUAGCGCCAUUUUGGCGGGAUGUGUGAACGCACAGUUUAGUCUUCAAUUUGGAACAAAUGCCCCGGCGCCAGCCCAAAUCUCUGUUUGUAAGGACAAGCUAGACAAUUGUCCGGCGUUCGGAAAGACUUCUUGUGUUGCGCCGUAUGAAGAAUGGGCACGUGAUUAUUGCCCACUUUACUGUGGAUUUUGCCAGGGACCACCAACCACCCCCGCACCUUGUCUGGAUACGAGAAGUGAUUGUAAGCAAUACGGACAGCAAAUCUGUACCGACCCAAAAUAUGCACCUUGGGUUCUUGAAAAUUGCCGUUACUUCUGCAGACAAUGUACCGCGGAUCAGCUCAUAAAUGUUGAUUCUCAAACCACCACCAUCCCCCCUGCACGUUGUGUUGAUAAACUGGAUAAUUGCAAGGACUAUGGACAGGCCGCAUGUACAACAUACAAACCUUGGGCAGAAGAUAACUGUAUGAAUACGUGUAAAUUCUGUGUUGGGUUACCUACGCCAUCACCGCCGUGUAUCGAUAAGAUCCCUAACUGUAAUCAGUACUCCAAAGAGUCCUGUACAAACCCAUCCUAUCGCCCGUGGGCUGAGGACAACUGCCGUGCCCAUUGUAAAUUCUGCACACCUGCAGCCGGACAAGGUGCUACAGGCGGAGCCCCCACCCCAGCCAUGGCCAUGCCGACACCAGCUAUGCCAUUAGCCCCUAUGCUUCCCGGAGGUUUCAUCACUAUCCCUACGCCGGUUCCAGGAAUGACAUAUGCUCCAGGCAAACGAGAAGUUGUUCCCGUCAAGCGCCAAGCCCCCCAGCCACCUGGUAGCAGUGCUAAUCAUGGCGGACCUGUACCGUUCGAACCACACACAACAGCCCCACCUACCACCACCACCACCACCGAGGCUCCAACUACAACCACUACCACCACAGAGGCGCCAACCACCACUACAGAGGAACCAACUACUACCACCGAGGCUCAAACAACCACCGAAGAGCCAACUACCACCACUGAGGAGCCUACCACUACCACUCCAGAACCAACCACUACAACUACCACCACUCAAGCACCUACCACCACUACAACAGAGAAACCCAAGAAGGAGUGCAACAAUCUUCUCGUUCCUGGAUCUGCUCCAGAGUCAAAUAUGCAGCACGGGGGAAUAGAUCAACCAUCCCAAGAGUGCCACUGGGUAACAGAAAAACCAACAGAAAAACCCAAACCUACCACUGAAGCAGUCACAACACAGACGCCACAGGCAACUACAGAGGCACCGGCACCCAGUCCGGAUAACUCAACAGAUGAAGUAACCAACACCACAGUGCCAUCUAUGACAGGAAAUGAAACCACAACCGAAUCUCCACCCCAAACAACCGACAAUGGCUCUGGAACGUCUGGAAAUGGAACAAAUACAGAUAACAACUCUACAACUCCUGAUAACGGAUCUGGAUCAGUAACUACAGAGGCACCAGUGGACACAAACAUGACCACUGCUGAACCGGUAGACGGUAACAGUACAUCAAGCGUCGACAUGACAACAUCAGGGGGAGUCGUUACAGAUAAUGGCACUGACUCAAAUAUGACAACUUCCGGUGCAUCUGUCACUGACAUGACACCAGGUGUAAACAUCACAGACCAAACGCCCGGGGUACCUACUAAAGCUCCAUCAUCCGCUGCACCUGUCACAGAUAACAACGGAUCUGGAUCAGACAACUCCACCACCCCUGACAAUGGCUCUGGUACGCCCACGGCCAGUGUAGAAGUAACAACCUCUGGAGCUGGAAAUGUUAACACAACUGAGAAUGUUUCCGGAACAACUGAAAACGUUUCCAAAACCAACACCUCUGCCGUGCCUGUUCCUUGCGGUUCUGGACCUGAUACAUGCGGACAAGUAACGACUGGCGGCACUACCUCAGCUAUGUCAGGCACUAACAGCACGGACGCGGGAACUAUGACUACAGAAGCUCCCGAUACAGGAAACACCAAUACGUCAGAAGUAACACAGCCAACAAUGGCCCCAACAAUGGACAAUGGCUCACAAUCCACAUCCUCUUCAGGAUCAGUGACUGACGCUGUUUCUAGCACUGGCACAUCAAUACAAGUACCUACAAAGAGCCCCGGAAGCACCACUCCUAUGAAAGUGCCAGUCAAACCUGGAACCGUUACCGAUGUCACAGGUGAUAACGGAAGUGGAGUCACGACCGGUGUCACAAGUGAUGGUGGAAGCGGAGUCACAACAGCCGAACCUGUCGUGACUUCAGGGGGAGUGGAUGUACCAACAAAAGCGCCCACAGGGUCUGCCACAGACAACGUACCAACCAAAGAGGCCAGCGGGCCUGUUGUGACUGGGUCAGGUGCAGUUCCUAUUACAACAACCCCAAAUAUACCAACAAAGCAUCCAACAAAGGACCACACCAAUCAUGGAAUCGGACAUAAAUCCACUACUGAAAUCGCGACUCCUACCAAAGUUGUUGAAACCAACGCAUCUAACGUACCAGACCCCGGCGCUACUAACUCCUUCACCGUGGACACGUCGAAGUGUGAGGACAACCCAGAAAUCCAAUGCAUCUUGUAUAACUACUCCCGAGUAUGUGAUAGGGAUGGUAUUUAUGCUCCAUGGGCCAAACAAAACUGCCGCGCGUAUUGUGGAUACUGCACAGUUAUGACGACCACUAUACCAUGUGUGGAUGUCCUUCCAAACUGUGACGAGUACCAGAGAGAUUUAUGUGACAACAACUUGUACCGACUAUUCAGGAAUAAGAACUGCAGAAAGUUCUGCAAAAUUUGCACAGGAGACUUUGAUCAUUUACCUCUUACGCCAUCGCCUUCACCAUCAUCAUAGCAGCGGUUCCCCAUCAAUUAGUCUGUAAGCUGCAGUCUGAAUUUAAAUUAAUUACCUGUACAUCCAAUGAUAAUAAAAACCGACAAAACUUA